AUGCCGCUUUGCAGGCUCAAGCACUGGACGGCAGAGAGCACGACUGCCGCCGUCCCUUGCGCGUCGGCAGUGGAGGCUGCGAAGGACAUGGGGGAGGACCACCACCUGCCGGUUCACACUACUCAUACCGCGGUGGCAGAACCGGCACCUGCCGUGCCAGGCGAGUCUGCCAAAGCCGUGCUCAUUGCGACCUGUGUGCUGGUGGAUGCCAUGGCUCCCCUCCUGCAGGAGCAAGCUUCAAAAAGCUUUCCGGGAUACUUCAUGGUUCUUGCAGAGACCGUGACGUACUUUUUCGGUGGCCUGUCUUUGGCCAUUAUGCAAGAAGGUGUGACAGGCAUGAGGAGAUGUUUCAGACCGUGGAGGUACCUGUCCUUCAUGCCGGCUUCGCUAGCUUUUUCUUGGGCGGGCUUCUUGACCUACCCGGCCAUCAAAGGUUUCGGGGCUAGCCAAUUCUACCUGCUGGCACAGCUCCGCGUCGCCAUUAUUGCUGUUUUCAUGAGAAUAGCUAGCCAAAUACAGCAGCCAGUUACUGUCUGGAUCUCCUUGUUGCAACUUGUUCUUGGAAUGGUCGUCUUGGUUUGGUACAAGGCCGGAGCUGUGGCGGGGGAGGUGGGAUGCCACUUCCUUCCCGCUGAGGCCCUGAAAGCUGGGGCCGCACCGGCCGGCAGUCCCCCGGCGGAGGACGUGGAGGUGGAGACCGACCACAUGUCCUUCGUGAUCAGUUUUGCCGCCAUGCUCGGGGUCAUCGUGACCUCUGCUUUUGGGACCCUCUAUCUCGAGCGGCAGCUGAAGUCCUCGAAGAAGGAUCCUUUGUUUAUCCAGCUGCAUCAGCUCAAUGCCGUCGGUUUAACAGGUGCGCUGUUAGUCACCAUGCAGUCCCUGCACAAGGUCCACAGCACCCCAGAGGAGGAAGUCCUGGGGGGCUCGAUGAUUCCAGACCUGGAGGAUAUUUCCAGCCCUUCAAAGUUUCUCCCGCUCAGAGUUGUGCUGAGCGUUGGCUGUGUCGUCGCGCGCGGGGUCUUGAAUGGGAGCGUCCUGAAACAGCUGGAUGCUCUCACAAAGGGCCUGAUCGAUGUGACUGCCAUCGUCCUCUGCACCUUGAUUCAAGUUGUGGCGCAAGGGCGGCAGACGGAUGCAACGGCCAUGGGCCUUCAGAUGUUGAUGCUGCUCAGCGUUCUGGGUUUCGUGACCGGUCGACAGACUGCGGCGGCCACUGUGCGCCCGGAGGACCGGCCCAGUUCUACCCUGUGGCCCAAGCCGCGGCUUUGGCCUUGGGAGAUUCGGAUCCAGCCAAUACCCAAAGCGCUCUGA